AUGGCACUUUUAUAUAUUUUAUUCGAUAAUAACAAAUCAACAUCGUCAAGCUAUUUGAGCACCUCAUGUUGUUCGAGCAUGUUAAAGUUCUGGGCGAAAACUUUUCUGAGUGCUUCGGCUACUUUAGUUUCAGUUUUGAGAUGCUUGCAAAUGACUCAAUUAGACUUAAUUGCUUUCUGUAUUUGUCCGGCAAGAGAUGGUAAACAUCUUACUGUUCAACCUGAAACAACCGAUAGAGAACAUUUUGAAAAAUUAAAUGUCUGGAGUAAGACGGCACGAAGUGUCGAGAAUAAAGAAGCAUGGAAGGAAAAGGCGAAAACUUUUAUUUUUGCUACUUUGAGUGUUGAUUUCAACAUGAACUCAUUGAAUUAUGAAAUCUAA